AUGGGCGACUGUCAAUCCUUCGAGUGUUCAUGUGGAUGUAGCCCUAAUUUGGAGUUCCUGAUCCCAAAAUUAUUCGCCAACAUACGCAUAUGGAACAAGAAGCUAUUUGCAAUGACCGACUCAAGAGGGGGCAAUGUAUUACAUUUAAUUGCUUACCUCAACUGGUCCGAAGCAUUCGAUAACUUUCAACCAAAAUUUGAGUAUUUGGCUCGGGAACGGGACAUGAAUGGGGAUCUUCCCAUUCAUAUAGCAGCCAAGAUGGGCCAUGUUAAACUAAUCAAGAAGCUACAUCUGGUAUCACAAUUGCCAAACGGACGAGGACAAACCGUCCUUCAUGUCACAGCAAAAUAUGGGAGAGCUUUCGCAGUGAGACAUAUACUCAGACAUCCAGAACUGGGAAAGCACAUAAAUGCAGUAGAUCAUGCUGGAAAUACACCAUUGCACUUGGCUGCAAUGCAUUCACAACCCGCUGCUUUGAUUCAUCUUUUGCUGGAUAAAAGAAUUCGACUCACCAUUUCCAACAACAGAUGCUUGACCGCUUUCGACAUUGCUAAAGAAUGCAGGAGAACGAGGCAUACGAUUCGGAAUGAUUUGGCAUACGUGGUGUUGGCUUGCUCGUACAUUUGGGAAUCUUCAGUUGCUGGGAGAGACACCCUCAUACUUAGGCCGGAAGCUCGAGAUCAAAAGCUUGUCUACUCGCGCGAAACGAAGCCAGACAGGGAUGCCAACAGGGAUUUCAUCAGUUCCCGUAUGGUGGUGGCAAUGCUUGUGGCCACUGUGACUUUUGCAGCUGGUUUUACAGUUCCUGGAGGAUUUAACGGCUCGGACAUGGCCUCCAAAGAUGACCGGGGUAUGGCUACGUUGCUGGACAAGAGAAUGUUCCAGGCUUUCGUGAUUUGCAACACCAUCGCAAUGUUCUGCUCAAUGAUCGCCGUUGUCAACCUCAACUUGGUGCAGCCAGAGGCCGACCGAGCUGUGAGAACUGCAUACUCGACCUCAAUACUGUGGCUAACAAUUGCACUCCCGGCGAUGUCCGUCGCUUUCUUAACCGGUGUCACCCUGACCGUUGGCAAACUCUCUUGGCUUGCCGACACUAUAUUUUAUUUGGGACUCGUUUUCCUCCUCAUUAUCUCAGGUGCUAAAUUGUUAGAGUUCCCUGCCUUCUUUAUGAUCUGCGUUUGUUGUCGUCGUCUGAUGUUCUGGGUUAUCCUCGCUUACAUUUAUGUGUGCGGAGUUGAUACGUACAUUCAUGAUGACAAGGAAGGUUGACGGAAUAGCGAGCGAGACCUCCACUGGUCGGCCUACGGAUGGCGCUGGUAAAUCGAAGAUCGGUGACUCAGCGGCAGAGAAAUGUGGGGAUA